UGUGUAUAUAUGUGGUUGGGUUAGUUGUGUAUGUAUUCCCCACCCCUGUUUUCGUUCUGAAACUAACGCCCUCUGCCCGUCUGGUCAGUGGUCUGUGUACAUAAUAAAUAUCCUAUCACGCCACUUCGACAUUUUUAUGGUCAAGGAAAAACGAGGACAGGCUCUGCCCUUCAAUCAUUUUCCUCCGUUUACUGUUUAAGGUAAUGCUUUCAUUCAGUUCUUGGGAGAGUGUAAUUCGGAUCAGUUUCGUUUUAAUUUCAAAUUGCAGAAGACUGAGGGUUUUGACACAGAGAAUUGUUUUUCUUUCUUCUUCAUUUUAGCCCAUUAGGCUUCGACAGUCUAAACCCUUCGGCCCUUCCUUUACCGGCUACUUAAUCGGUCAUUCAGUUGAGGAGUUUCGGGAUGCAUUUAGCCAUUUAGGGGCCAUGAACAUUGUGGGCUGGUACGUACCAGAGUGUAAGAUGUGGAAAAGGUGCUCAAUUGGAUAGUUGAUCAUCACAUUAGCAUGUUUUUGCUUGGACUGUAUUUCGUCCCAGAUCAGACAAGACCAGAUCAGACCAGACCAGUUCAGACCAGAUCAGACCAGACUUGGAUAAUUAUAAAAAUACAAAGAGACCAGACAUUAUCAGACCAGACCAGACUAGAUCAGUAAAUUACAAUCCAAGUAAAAACAUCCUCAGUGGAAAGAAAUCAUAGAUAUUGAAUAAAGUAUAAAUUGGCAAAAAUAAACAAUAUAUUAUUUUGUAUUUUCACUUCUUAUACAUAUUAAAAAUCAUAGAUAUUGAAUAAAGUAUAAAUUAGGCUCAAUCAUGUAUAAUAUUUCUUGAAUGAUUUAAUCUUCUUUCUACAUAUAACACUAAUAAAUAGUAAUCAUCAAUAGAAAUUUAAAGAGCCUUCAAUUUUGUCUAUUCUCGCCUUGAUUUCAAAGACUUGAGACUUGGCCUUGAUGCAUUGCACGCUUCCCUUUUAGAACACCGACAACGGUGACUAGUUUAGUUGGAACUAUAUACUCCGUAUAACUAAAGGAAAUUGCUCUAUACAAGAGUUGGAAUUGUUUUAUUAUCUCCAAAAUAUUACUCCGUUGUAAUUAUUGGUAUCAUGAAAAACAUUAUCAAAUGUGAGAUAAAUAUUGUCACAGUAUUUUCUAAUAAAACAAAAAUGAAAUUGUAAUUUGAGACGGACAGUAGUUUACAAUUUCCUAUUGUUUUAUGAAUAUUUCAACACAAUUAAAUAUGUAUAUCCAAUAUUAGAAUCAACUCAGUUAUGUUUUCCCCAUGCCAAAAUUAAUUAAUUAAACAGUUCACGUUGUUCAUUAAUUAGUACCAUGGAGUGUUAAAUUAAAGUUCAACUCCAAAUUUAUGUGAGAAAUUUGGAGUCUCUACUUAUUUUAUCUAUUUAAGUCUAAUAUAAUAUCGACUAAUAAGACUUGAUAUUAUGUACGGAAUACGAUAUAGUAUAUUAUACUAGUACAAUCUUCAUAGGCUAAUCUAAUCUAUUUAGUAUGAACAAAUUACUACUCCGUAUAUUCUGAUUUAAGACAAAAGUCACAAAACCAAUCUACAUAGGCCAUAGGGUAAUAAUAGACACACAUCUAUCCCUGUUGUUGGUUGUUAAAUAAUGUUGGAUGCUUGUUAAUAAUGUAUCAAAAUUGUGGUGGUGUUUUGAUGAAUAAAAUGAAAAUUUCUGCAGGAAUGUUUGUGUGUAUGUUUGUUAAACUACAAUUGACAUUGUAGUUUUAAGAAAGUGUUAUAAAACAAUUUUCUGUUUUAGAAAUUCAAUUCAAAUUUUCUAUUAUCUCUCAAGUUUACCUAGAUUGCAUUUUUCGCAUUAGACAUUUAUUUGCAUUAAAAAUGUAAGAUGCAUUUAAAAUAAAAUUUUGGUAGUCAUGAAAGAAUACAUUAAUAGAAUAUUUUAUUACUCCGUAAUUAUUAUUUUUGUAAAGUGCUUUAACCACUUUGGAAAAUAAUAGUUCAUCGAUAAACAUGUUGAUAUGGGUGUGAAGUUUGUUUGUUUCCUAAAUGGGGGAACACUGAGCAUAAAAUUCUAUCCCGUGAGCAUGCUAAAGAUUGGUAAAUAAAAUUUGUGUGUCAAAGAAAGAGGGUUAGAGGGGCCCUAAAAUGUCUCACCGGGCAAGAAGGUUUGUACUUUAUAACCCAAAUGGGGGAACAGAAGUCUAGAAUUCUUUCCUCAAUGGAGGAAAGUCAAAUGGGAAAGAACCAUUUUGUUCACCACUCCCAAUGUCAAUGCAUUUCUUUGAAAUUGUAAUGACCUUUUCAAUUGUGUUCCAAUUUUACAAAAAAUAUUAAAUUAAACAAGGGUCCGUUUGAUAAAUCGGCUGAUCUUGCUCAAAUUAAUGAAAUUUUGAUUGAAUAAGUUCUAAAGUUUUGUAAUCUUCCAUAUAAAAUUACAUAUGAUAAGGUCAUAUGAAAUCAAUUAAUUUGAUACAUUUUGAUUGUAAUUACAUUUUGUUCAAAGGGGAGACAAAAUUAUUGUGGAAAUCCUGUGUAUUUUCUUCUAACUCAAAAAAAUAUCAUCUGAACAAAUAACUCGGCUGCUAAAUAACAAAAAAAUGAGAAAAAUGAAAAAACGUAGCAACAAUGGGAAAACGAGGUUUCUCUUAAAUAUUACUCGGUACUAAAUUAAAGCCAAUUUUAAAAAAUGUCACCAUUUUUACAAAAUGACAAAAACGUGACAAGUUGUUCCUAUUUAAAGAGAAAAAAAGGAAGCAAAGUAUUUUGAAAUUUUACAUUGUGUGUACUCUUAUUUCCUCACUUUUUAAGUUAACGUUUUUUCGCAUUAAAUUUAGCAAAAAAAAAAAUAAAAAAAUUAGUUUUCGCAUUAAAUUUAGCAGUCAUAUUGCAAUUUGCAAGUGAACCUGAUACAAUUUUAUUCCUUACCACGUAAUAAAUUAGUCAUAAUCCGAUACUGCGAUUUCUUAUGGCCACUGUCCUCAGAAAUCAGAACCAUCUCUCAUAUUCAAUUCUCCAUAAAUAAAUUAGUCUCACAUUACACGGAGUAAUGCAGUGGUUUGACCUUCUAUACACGUUUAUUAAAUUACCAUGAAAUCUUUCUCUUCCCUUUGGUAGUGAAGGGUAUUUUAAAAUGCACUGCUUUCUUUAUUUUUUAUCAGUCAAAGUAGCAGCUCUGAAGUAAAAAACUACAAUAACAGAUUCACCUCCGAACGGCGUUACAAAAUGGCGUUCCCGCUUGGUUCUUUUAAGCUAGAGGACGAUGAAACGGUUCCAUAUGGAUUCGCGAUUUGUGUGUUUGUUUACACUUGUGUUCUUGUGAUACUGGUGAUGGUGGCGGCAUUGGUGCUGAAAUUGAUUGGCUACUUGGAUUGUGAGGGAGGAGGAGGUUCGACGGAGAGUAGCCCGCUGCUGCCAAAGGCGGCGAUUCCGAUCCUUUAUGGAGCUUGCGGGGAAGAAGAUGAAGAGUCCAGCAACUGCAGCCGGAGCAAUUCGUCGGGGGAAGGCGGCGAGGAGUUUUACAGCAGAAAGAUAUGUGCCAUUUGCUAUGAUCAUAACCGGUGCUGUUUUUUUGUCCCGUGCGGUCACUUUGCUUCUUGUUAUGAAUGUUCCAAAAGGAUUAGUGAAGGGGAAGCCAAGACAUGUCCAUUUUGUAGAACAGAUAUUCACAUGAUAAGAAGGCUGUUCAGUCUGUAAACCCAACCCGAGCUGGCGUCCACAAUAUUAUUAAGGGACAUCAGUGCAUGCUGUUUGAUUUGUAUAUUCUGCACACUAUCUGGGAAAAAAAAGUAGUUCUGAAAAAUGCUGUUAGAUUUUUUCUUUUUUUUGCACACUACUUUCUGGGGCAAUUUUCUGGUACUGAGCUGAAUUUGUAAUCUCAAUUUAUAGGCAAAUGUAGUUCUCUGAACUGUAACAUCUGUUCUCGAACAAAAUCGCUCCAAUUGAGCUUUGAUUUGUUCAAAGUGUUAAAUCAAUAUGGGCUUGUAUAAUUUUGUAUUUAGUCAUUAGUUGUGUAUUUAGCUCUAAUUUACCUUGUAUGGGCCGAGUAACUUAGGGCUACCAUAUUAUGUAUAUAUACUCUUCUAAUGAUCAAUGAAAGGUAGGGAAAUUAAUCCCCA